AAACCCGCCGAUACCGCCUAGACCGAUACAUUGAGAAAAUAUAUAAACCGCACAUAGAUCAAAAACCCUAGAAAUCCAAUUCUUCAAUUUGUUCAUCCUCGCUCUCCAAUGGCUGCUUAAAAUUAAAUCUGUAAAAUGGCUCUCUCUACUUUCUUCUCUCACAAUCAUCAAUUAAAAACCCCUAUUUGUCUUUCUAAUGGAUCCUACUCGUCGAAUUUCCCGGGUCAUCGACCCCAAAAUCCGUCAUGUCGGGUUUUUCGCUCCACAAUCCCAACCCGGACCCUCCGAGUCGCCGGUGAUGAUUCCGCUGCCGGAUAUUACGCGCGCUAUUCAAGUUCCGGUUGGGGACUUUUAUCAUCGGCGAUCGGAUUAUGAUGUUGUGCGUGUAGGAAGCUAUGAUCCUAGUGAUUCGAUGUCGAGUCGCAACGGGGAUGGUGAGUUUUCCGAGGAUUCGGGGAUUUGGAAGUUGCCAAUGUCACUUCCGAGUAAUGGAUUAGAUAAGUUGGCUGCUCGGAAUUUCCCGUUUGGAGCCAAAAAGAGUCCUCAUGAUGAUGAAGAUGGUACUCCACCUGCUGAAAUGUCCUCAAAAUCAGAUCCAAAGCCACAUAAAGGAAAAACAACAAAAGCUGAAAGGCGUGCUUUGCAAGAAGAAGCUCAGCGAACUGCAAAAGCUGCUGGAAAAGGAUUAAAUGAAAAAGGUGAUUCACCUGCUCAAAUGUCCAUGAAAUCAGUUUUAAAUCCAUCAAAGGAAAAAACAACAAAGGCUGAGAGGCGAGCAUUGCAAGAGGCUCAACGAGCUGCGAAAGCAGCUGGAAAAGUUUCAAAAGCUGAAAGGAAAAUGUCUUCUGCUGCUGCUACUGGAAAAGAAGCUUCUGUACAGAUUGGUGAGGUAGUAAAGAAUUCUAGACAAAAGAAAGAUGUUUUAAUGGCAUCGUUUGAGAAGACAAUAGGUAAUCGACCUCCAGAAAAAGAUAGGAAGAAAGAUGUGCCCCCCUCUCGCAUGCAGUUUGAUGAUAAAAGCCGGGUGGAUAAAGCUAAAAAGCAUUCUGUAGUCAAACAAGUUGAAGCCAGAAAUAGGGUUGAUUAUUUUAUGCAUUUGCCUCAAUAUGAGCGUGGAACUCAGCAUCCUGAUCUGGAGACUAAGUUUUUCCAACUUAAUCAUAUUCAUCCUGCUGUGUACAAGGUUGGAUUACAGUAUUUAGCUGGAGAUAUUACUGGGGGCAAUUCUCGUUGUAUAGCUAUGCUUAAAGCAUUUCAGAAAGCCAUAGAAGACUACUCUGCACCACUGGAGAGAACUGUUAACCGAGAUUUAAUAGCCAAGAUCAAUAGUUAUGUUUCCUUUUUGAUAGAGUGCAGGCCCCUCUCAGUAAGCAUGGGAAAUGCAAUUCGAUUUUUGAAGGCUCAUGUUACUAAAUUACCCCCGGAAAUCACUGUUUCAGAAGCAAAAGCCUCCAUCAGUUCAAACAUAGAUCGUUUCAUUACCGAGAAGAUUGUACUCGCGGAUAGGACUAUAGUCAAACAUGCGGUUAAAAAAAUCAGGGACGGUGAUGUUCUACUUACAUAUGGUUCAUCUUCUGUUGUUGAAAUGAUUCUUCUACAGGCUCAUGAACUUGGCAUAAGAUUCCGUGUUGUUGUAGUUGACUCGCGUCCCAAGCUUGAAGGUCAAGCACUAAUCCGCAGGCUGGUCCGAAAUGGUGUGAGCUGCACAUAUACUCAUAUAAAUGCGAUCUCUUAUAUCAUGCACGAGAUCACAAGAGUCUUUUUGGGGGCUGCUUCAGUCUUGUCUAAUGGAACAGUGUACUCGAGGGUUGGGACUGCAUCUGUGGCUAUGGUUGCACAUGAAUUACGUGUACCAGUCAUGAUAUGCUGUGAAGCAUAUAAAUUUCAUGAGAGGGUACAGCUUGACUCAAUCUGCUGUAAUGAACUAGGCGAUCCAAGGGCUAUAACUAUGGUUCCUGGGGAAGUGGAUAUUCAAUAUCUUGAUGAUUCAGUCAAAAACAAUGGUCUUCAACACCUGAAUCUACUGUAUGACGCGACUCCUUCAGAUUAUAUAUCUGUAAUCAUCACAGAUUAUGGCAUGAUCCCAGCCUCAAGUGUUCCUGUGAUUUUACGAGAGUAUGGUGGGGAAUAUCUUUUCACAUGAUAAUUACACAUUGUUACCGUAAUAGUUAUUCCAGAUAUUAGCUACGGCUUUGUGAGAUAAAUAUGUUAGCACUGAAAAAUCAUCCCAUAGUUUCAUAUAUACAGUGUAUUUUUUUUUUCCAGCCCCCGCUGAAUUAUAAAUAUCAUAGAGAGGGACUUAGCUUUCUAAAUUUCAAGAUAUGAUAUUUUGAUUGAUUCUUGGAUAAAUUGCUAUUCUUUAAUCAGUAUAUGCUGUGAUUUUGUACAAA